AUGGAAAUGUGUGAGCGGAAUCCUUUAAAUCCCGGCUAUGUUGGUUCUCUGUUAAAUUUUGCUCCCCCUGAGUCGUUGUAUUUCUCCAACUUGCGCGGUAAUGGAGCCCAUAUACCCGGGCUGCAUCAGCUCCCUUACAAUAGGAGGGAGGUGUGCACGCUCCCGUGGACUUCCUCAAGUUCGUGCGCGUCUGGGCCAGCGGCACCACCACAGAGCCGCGCCUUCGGAGGCUACUGUCCGCCGUUUUUGUCCAAUUCAGUGUCUUUAAACACAAACUCCUCGAGCGGCCACGUCAAGACGCAUUUGGAGGAGUCUCCUCGAUGCUUUCAGGACACAAGCCAAAAGACAGAGGAGUCUGGCAGUCAAGAUGAAGUUUACGCCGGGGAUCACGGGGUCCGUUACUCAGCUCUGGACAACCGGUCUCACGGUUCUGCGGCACAGCUUGAUCCGGAUACAGCAGGUCCACUGAACGUGAACGGCCCCAAACAGGAGGAGAAUCCCAUUCACACGUUAUCCAGUAACCCAUGCUCCAGGACGACUUUUGCUCAAGGUGCCCCGUGGUGCUCGUCGCAAGUGAAAACAAGAAAAAAGAGAAAGCCCUACUCGAAGCUGCAGCUAGCUGAACUUGAGAAUGAAUUUAUGAUGAACGAGUUCAUUAACAGACAGAAACGCAAGGAGCUGUCAGACAGACUUGACCUUAGCGACCAGCAGGUGAAAAUCUGGUUUCAGAAUCGGAGGAUGAAGAAGAAACGACUGAUGAUGCGCGAGCAAGCUUUCUCUGCAUACUGAUGACCUUUGGCCUUGAUCCUGAGCAUCGCAUCAAUAAUGUAACGUUCUGCGUCCGCACUCCAUGUUGCUAAAUUGAUUCCUCCAGUUGUGUUGGAGGAGUCACUGACUGGAAUAAUUUCCUAUGUUCUUUUUUUUCUUUUCUCGAAUGAAUGAAUCUCAACAUUUAUCAGCUGCACAGGUGGGAAAGGUGGGUGGACGGAAUUGGUGGGCCGGGUUUCGUGUCUACAGUCGUGUCUGUCGUUAGGUCUGGGCGACUAAAGCACUUUGGUGAAGGUCAUGGAAAUACAUUUGUUUUAGUUUAAUUUAAAUGCGCAGCUUCUGUUACGUUAUAUAUUAUACCUUCAUCAAAAGGUUCCAGCAUAUUUGUAGUAUAGCCUAACAAAUGCAAAAAAUAAAUUUGCAUUGGUGACUGAGACUGAGUAGAUUUUUACGCAUGCUGGGUCACUUUUGGCUUUAAGAUUCUCCAAAUGCGCCGUAGGCCACAGCUUCCAAACUGGUCUUAGCCGGCGGAUGAUAAUCAGUCUAUAAGCCCACUUGUUUCUCAUCCAGCGCAAAUAUGAGACCAGCUUAAACGGAAAUGUGGAACCAUUUGUUUUUGUGUCUUUUGUAUGACGGCCUUUGCAUGUAGUGCAGCCUUAUUGUAGAAGGCAACAGUCAAGUUCACGUUUACGAUGUGUAAAACAUUAGCAAUAGUCAGCACUGCAAAAUAUAUCUCAUGAUUGCAUGCCCAUCCCCUAAUUGAUGUUAUUUAAUCAAAUGUCUGAAUUAUCCACCUUUUUUUUGUGUAAAUCUGUUUAAAGAAGUAAUGCGAAACUACUUUUCGCAGCGUAUUUGGCGCUAGGAAGUGUUUGAAGCCCGCAAAAAAAGAAAAAGAAAAGAAAAAAGGUUUGUGGAUGUGAAACAGUCUGAUGGUGUCAAAACGCAUAAUAUCUGUUGUAAAUUAAAUGUUUAUCUUUUUUUGUUGUUGUUGUAGACCUCUGUAUUGUCACAAAAAACGCACAUAUGUGUGAUCUCAAGGUCGCAUCAAAGUCAUUCUAAAGCGGAAGAUUUACAUUUUUUGAAAAUAAAUA